UUUUUCUUCCUACGUGGCGUGGGAUAACUUGUCACGUUCGUAAGCCAUUAUGUUCGCCAGAAAAAAAGUAUUGAUUACACUAUUUAGUCGAAGUAACGUCAAAGACGCUUAACGGCUGUCAUAGUUCUUGGCUGCUUGUCUCAUAAAUUAAUGAAUAUCACGCACUUCACCUAUCACCUACUUCCAAAGAAAAGUAAAAAACUUCUACGCAGCAAAACGACAAAUCAAUAUGAUCUUAGCUUUCAUUGUUACAAUCGUUUCUUAAAAGGUGCUUCCCGCACAACUUAAUUCACCAAGAAGCGUAAAAAACAACAAGAAAGGAGAGAAAAGUAAAAUAUCCCGCGCAGAUAGAUACGCUUUAUAAUUCAAGAAGAGUAGGGUAAGUUCACAUUUUCUAUGGGAGGAGACUUACGGGAGAAAAUGAUUUAGUGAAUUAAGAUGUUGAUGUAAUGGUAGACGAGAUAUUUCAUAUUUCCAUCCCGAAAAAAGAGAUUUGACUUGGUUAAUUGAAGAUCUGAAAAAUUUAACUCAGGAUAGGGAUGCUUUCGGAACUCGUUUUAUUUGUUUACGUGCGAAACUGAAUUAAAACCCUUUAUUUUUCUGAUUUUCUAAAUUUCUGCUUGUACUUAGCAUGAACAACAACAGUGAAAGUGUUAACACUACACAAGUAAACAGACCAGUCUGUUUUAGUCAUAUUGAGCCAACAGCGGUUAGAUGGAUCACGACCUCAGUGUACUUUCCCCUGGUGGUUUUGGCUUUGUUUGGUAAUGCUCUAAUCAUUUGGAUCGUGUACAGGAACAGACGUAUGCGUACAGCUCCUAACCUCCUAGUCGUCAACAUAGCGGUAGGUUGUUUAAUAUUAGUUAAAAGUCAUAUUAUUAAAGAAAGCAGUUUUUCUUGUGUUCAGUAUAUUCCUCUAUUUUUCAAUUUUCAGGUUGGAGAUCUUUUGGUAGCAUUUACAGCCAUGAUACCGACGGCAUUCUAUUUCGUGCGAAAUACUUACGCCUGGGUGAACGACGGACCCUUCGGCCAGAUAUCCUGCAAGUUGCUUCACACCUCCCAGGCAUCUUCCAUAGGCUGUUCGAUAUUUUCUCUCACAGUGCUCUCAUUUGAGCGUUUUUUCGCGGUCGUAUUCCCAAUGAGGAACAUUGUCACUAUAAGAGGCACAGUUUGGUUGAUCGUCGUGAUUUGGUUUUUCUCGUUUGUGCUUUCAAUGCCACUCCUCUACGCCUCAAAGGUGCGCAUCUCUGAUGGCGUUCCUUACUGCAUCGAAAACUGGGCCCCGAUUUUCGACCCUGUAAAAGCACCUGCGAUUUACACAGUCGUGAGUUUUGUUUUCUUGUACGCUAUCCCAUUGUUAGUGAUUGCAGUGUUAUACUCUGUAAUCGCUGUGAAAGUUUGGCGUAAGAAACCACCUGGAAACACUAUUGCCCCAAACCACCAAGUUCACCGAGCAGCGAAGAAAAACGUGCUUAAGAUGUCUCUUGCCUUGGUUCUGGUAUUUGCGUUUUGUUGGAUUCUGAUCCACGUAAAUUUGUUCUUGACUGAUUUCAGCGAUACAUUUGGAUCAUGUAGAAGUCUACCUUGGCUGAGAGCUACAGGAUUUUUACUUGGUCAUGCAAACAGUGCCACAAACUGUUGCAUUUACCCACUUUUUAGCCAGGAAUAUCGCCAAAGUUACAAAAAAUGCUUCAAGUCUCUGUUUUCGAGAUGUCACUGAGCCAAAAGGUACCCACAACAACCCUGGCAGAUAAGAUUUAGACGUUACUUACACUCGUCUGGAAGGCUGCACUCCGUUUCGCAAAAUUAGACAAGCUUGUUUGUUAAGAUAUAUUACUUUCCUUUAAAGCUAAAAUUUUCAAACUUUGUAUUACAAUAUUUAAUUGUCAUUUUUAAGGUAUUUCACAGUUGAGAACAAUCGAAACCGCGGAAAGGAAAACAUUUUGUCAAAACCACGAUUCGGCGUAAGUAACUCAACCCAGUUUUCAAUAUUUCCAUCAGUUCAGUUUCAGAGGCACAGGUAUGUAAUUAAAUUUCGGCGGCUUAUCUGCCUAAAUGUAAAUUGUGCAUAAACAAGUUAAAGAGCGCAUUUCAAUCGAGCUUGGUAGCACAAAAAUCAAAGUAAUUACAAUAGCCAGUCAGAACAAAGGAAAAUAUCAUAAGGAGCUAAUCAGAAUUCAAAGUAAAACAAGCAAUAUGAAGCGCGCGAAAACCCUAGGAACCACGCAAGUCGCCAACGGUUCUGGUUUUCUGAUUGGUCGAGAGGGUGGUGCAACAUUUCUAGACCAAUCAGUGACAAUCGUGAAGCAAAACCACUGUAAUCCCGAAUUAUUUUCAACACUCGAUUGAAAACUGCUCCAAACGGAAGUCAGUUUUGAGCAGACCAUAAUUAUGAUGUGAUAAAAUUUUAGUCGAAAUCAACUAAGUCUUAUAAAGCUAUGUUCUUUGAGGUGCUAGUGUUAAAAAAUUUAUAAAAUGGAAAGCCUCAACAGCUUAUGAACAGAUAUAAAUUGUAAUAGCUUUAUAAGACCCAAGUAAAAAAUUUAAAUUAACAAUUUAGCAUUUUAAUAUAUCGCAUCGAAGAAUACAUUAUUUAUGCAUUCGUGCGAAUUUUAAGAUUUUUGAUCGUGACGGCCACAGGUGUUUCUUGAAGCUUUCUCUAAUUUGACUUUAAUUCCAGCUGAAGUGUCAGUUUUGGCAACACUACACUUAUUUAUGGUAUGUAAAUGUAUAAUUAUGUAAAUGAAUCUCUAGUUGAAUAUCUAUUAUGUAAAUGAAUCUCUAGUUGAAUCCCUUAACAUUUAGUUCCAGCUGAAGUGUCAGUUUUAGCAACACUGCACUUAUUUAUGAUACGUAAAUGUAUAAUUAUGUAAAUGAAUCUCUAGUUGAAUCCCUUAACAUGCAGUAAAGAAUGUAGCGGUAAUUAACUCUCACAAUAUCAGUUCAUGCGUCGUUACUUUAGGCGUGUAUAAAAACAUUGAAAAAAAAGCGGCCGAACAUUAUCAAAAAGAGUGCAAGACUGUUUCAUAACUACAACACAUUAGCAUUAACCGGAGAAGUUAAUCGACUGCCAAUCGAACGAAGCAACUGUUCUUUGUCUUGUCUAACAUCCUAAAGAACAAUUGCUAAAGAAACUAGACGUAGAUGAGUUUUUCCAAUGAUGAAUUAAGGAGAUUGGGGUUAGUUAACUAUGGUUAAAAACAAUACUUCACCAAUUCCUUGACGCUCACACUGGCGGUCAUCAGCGUUUUCCUUCUUGAU